AUGGAAAGCAAAGCCGCAAGCGAGACCCCAGCGGGACUCUGGUCCAGUUACCGCGAGGAGACCACCGCCCACGGCCUCCCGAAGACGGUGACGGCGAAGUCGCGCUUUCGCCGUGCCGUGUGGGGCAUCAUCUUCCUGGCGUCGUUCGUGUACUUCCUGUACAACUUCAGUCUCAUGCUACAGCGAUAUUUCUCCUACCCGGUUACCACUUCCAUCGACAUCAAGUUUGCGUCCCUGCCGUUUCCGGCGGUCACUGUUUGCAACGUGAAUCCGGUGCGAGCUUCGAAACUUCCCAAAGUCUUAAGGGAAUACUUGGGUCUGGAGCCGGAAAACGUCUCCCCGUCAAUCGGCCCGGAUCAUGCACAUGUCCGGGAGAAAAGGGAGGAUGGCUUGCCUACCCCUGCACCAACUGAUGAGCUGGGAACUACGUCUCAGUCUAACUCUUCCAGUGAGGAUGACUACUACUACGUCUACGAAUACGAGUAUGAUUAUUACGACUAUGACGAAGGUUUUGAAGUGGAGCAGAACUUCACCAUAAUGCUCGCCCAUAAAAACCACACUCAGCGCAAAGAGCUCGGUCAUCAGAAGAAGGAUUUUAUCCAGAAGUGCACCUAUAACGGGAGGCCAUGUUCUCGGAAGAAUUUCGUCCAAUUUCUGGACGAAAAGUAUGGAAACUGUUUCACCUUCAAUGGGGGAAUGACGAAAAACGGAUCCAGGAUUCCUAUACGGAAUGUCACCCAACCUGGGCCACUACACGGUCUACAAGUGCUUUUGUACGUGGAGCAGGAUGAGUACGUGCCCGUUCUAACGGAGACAUCAGGGGUCCGCGUUCUCAUCAACACCCAGGCCGAGCGGCCCUUCCCGGCACAGGCGGGGUUUUCGGUCGCUCCUGGCUUCAGCUCUUCCGUAGGGCUUAAACUGACAGAAAUCGAGCGACUGGGUGGGAAUUACGGGACCUGCACGGACGGUACCGGGAAGAGUUACGACCUGUACGGCAGCAGGCACGCCUACAGCCCGGUACUGUGUCAGAAGACCUGCUACCAGCGCGCCGUCGUGCGGGGCUGUCUGUGCGCGGACGCCGGGCUGCCCAUUCCGGAAGGGACCGCGGAACAAUUUAUCGAAGACCUAAAGAAGAAUGACAACCCCAAGAUUCAGAAGAUGACAGGGACAGACGCGAGAUUGAAUUUUGUGGAGCUCACCAUCUACUUCGAGGGUCUGCAUUACGACAAGAUUUCGCAAAGCCCGGCAUAUGAGGUAAUAAACCUCCUUGGCGACAUCGGUGGCCAACUGGGGCUGUGGAUGGGGGUUUCCGUGAUGACGGUUCUCGAAUUUUUCGAGUUCAUCGUGGACCUCCUAUCAUGGCCUCUCCAAAAGCAAAAGGGAGACAAGAAGGACGACAUUGAACUGGGCCCUGCGGAUUCCACGGUAAAGACCUGA